CUAUUUCCUGGUUAGACUGGCAGCCAUUUUGUUUUGUGUUUGAGACAACUAGCCUUUAGGUUUUUGGGGAGUAGUUACUUUGAAUUUGACAAAACAGUUUCCGUUUGAAGUUAUUUAAAUCAAAGGGGAGCACCGUUUUACAAGAAGAGGAGGUCUAAAGUGACAUGUCAACAAUGAAUCCCGAAUAUGAUUAUUUAUUCAAGCUGCUUCUGAUUGGUGACUCCGGUGUGGGGAAAUCGUGCCUCCUCCUUCGGUUUGCAGAUGAUACAUACACAGAAAGUUACAUUAGCACAAUUGGUGUGGACUUUAAAAUAAGAACUAUAGAAUUAGAUGGAAAGACGAUCAAACUUCAAAUUUGGGACACAGCAGGGCAGGAAAGGUUCCGAACGAUCACAUCCAGUUACUACAGAGGAGCACAUGGCAUUAUAGUUGUUUAUGAUGUUACAGACCAAGAGUCUUUCAACAAUGUUAAGCAGUGGCUACAGGAGAUUGACCGUUACGCCAGUGAAAAUGUUAACAAGUUAUUGGUAGGGAACAAAUGUGACCUAACUACAAAGAAGGUUGUGGACUACACAACGGCAAAGGAAUUUGCAGACUCUCUCGGAAUUCCAUUUUUGGAAACCAGUGCUAAGAAUGCAACAAAUGUAGAACAAGCCUUCAUGACAAUGGCUGCAGAGAUUAAAAAACGAAUGGGCCCAGGAGCUACAGCUGGUGGAUCAGAGAAGUCCAAUGUUAAAAUCCAAAGCACUCCAGUCAAGCCAUCUUCUGGAGGCUGCUGCUAAGGUCCACCUCAUCCUCUUUCCCAUAAAUCUAUGAUGUAAUAAGCCCAAGAGUAAGAAAAGUUGCCUGAAUUGUACUGUAUGUAGCAGCACUACUACAAAUUCUUCAAACAAGGUCAGCAAAUCAACGGUCAAUCCCUGGCCGUUUUUAUCCCCACAAUUCAAGACCGCUAACUUCAUUUUCAGAACUGUUUUAACCCUUUGUGUGCUGGUUUAUAAAUAAUAAUGUGUGUAAAUCUCAUUGCUAUACUUCUACGGGACAGUUCAAUGGUUGGUUUAAAUUAAGUUUUUUGUUUUGAUGUUUAUAUUGGCAUGUUUAGACGUCCAGUUAGGUCCUCCUUUGAAGAUGAAGUUCAGCCAUUUGCGCAACCAACAGCACAACAGUGUUUCACUGUCUAUGGCAUCAAUAGCAUUUAGUGAAAUAUGUUAUAUGUAAGAUCUGAUUUGCUAGUCCUUUUCUGUAGAGAGAUAAGUGGAAUAAAUUACAUUACAUGAUUAGUUUAACUUCAUAAUCUCUGCAUAUAAUUUGUGGCUGCAGACUAUUGUAAUUUGUUGCACAAUAUGUAACAUUAAACAACUGAAGAAAUGUUUAAUAAAUAUUGUACUUAUUGGAAUACCAGACUGUAUGAUGAAACCAAUGGUUUGUAGAAUACAUUUUGUGGUUUAAUUAUUUAUUCUACAUUUAUCUGGUGAAUAUAUUGUACCGGUAAUUUAGAUUCUGUUUUGCAAUUGGCAAUUACCUGUGGACACCUGACUGCAAGUGGCAAUGUCAGAAUUGCUCUUAUAAAACACUAUAUUCUUUUUCAUAAUAAAGGCAACUUAGUUCAGUUUUAAUUGAGCUGAAAAAUAGUUAAUAGCUAGGCUUUCUGUUAGUUUCUGAGCACUCUUCUCGAGCUUGAAUAUUGCAUGUAGGUUAACAUGGGUUAGUUUGCUAUAAUAAAUGUGUAUUGGAGCAGCUGGUCUUUCAGCAGUGUAAAAUCCCUAUUGAGUUGAGACAGUGUAUGUGGGCUUUUGCUAUUGUGAUCCCUCAAAGCUCAGGGUAUUUUUUAAAUUGCACAUCCCUCAAUAAAUGAUUAUUCAGUCCAGUUAUCUUAUCAGAAGGGGCUGUUGUCAAGGGAAGAAAACAUUAAAAAAAAAAAAAAAAAAAAAAAAGAAAAUAUCUUUAUUAGGCUUUUUUGUUAUUCAAAUGUCAAUCUGCUUUCAUUGCAUGUUAUCCUUUGAUAUUUGCGAUCUGUAAGAUUAAAAUAAUUAAUGUGCUAGCAUUUUAAAUGUAGAACUUCAGAAAAUCUUUUAAUAACCACAAAUGAAACUUUUUUUUUAACCCAUUUCCUGCUUACACUUGUGAUUUUUUAUUGCCUUAUUUUCCAUUAAUUAACCCCUAUGUGUACACAGUGGUGUCAGAUUUUCUUCCCUCAGCUCUCAUGAGAUGGCAGCAUCAAGCAUGGUUCCCUCUAGUGAAACUUCCACAGGAUUGGGGAUGGGGACAAUCUGAAAAUGUUAAACAAUAAAAUCAUUGCCCAGUUUUAAAUAAAUUAUACACAGUA